GACAGAACGGGAGCACAUACAGGCGUCAGUGUUAUAGCAGAGGUUCUGUCCUCUGUAUGCCGACUGCCAACAUGCAGUUCUGGGAUUUCCUGGGCUGCACCAAUGGAGAUUUUUCCAGAUUAUCAUACUACGCUGAAUAUGACAGCCAGUUAGCCCCAGCAGGAGCAUCUGAAUCAGGCAUGGCGUCGUCUUCCUUCUUGGAAUCCAACCUCAAUCACUCGGCAGCGGGUGGCGGUGCGGUUAAAUCCCGGUCUGGGAUGCCUGGUGGUACCGGCGUCGGUACCAGCGGCUCUGCUGGAGGCCUUGAGCGGCCCUCAGGCUCCAUGGACCGGGUUCUGAAGAUCUUCCAUUAUUUUGAGACAGGCAGCGAACCAUGUACAUGGGCUAGUAAUAUCCGGCACGGAGAUGCUACAGAUGUCAGGGGUGUUAUCCAGAAGAUAGCAGAGAUCCACAAAUUGCGAUGUGUGUCCUCUCUGGGCCUCCGUCUCACCCAUCUGCACUCUGAUGCACUCCAUUGGUUACACCCUGAUUUGGGCGUGUGUCACGUCAGGGAGAGAUAUGAGAAACAGCACCCCCAGGAGGAGUGGAGGUAUGAGUUGCGGAUGCGGUACCUUCCUAAAGGUUACCUCAGCCAUUUCUCUGAAGACAAACCCUCUCUUAACUACCUCUAUCACCAGGUAAAGAGCGACUACAUGCUACAUAUAGCUGAUCAGGUGGAUCAAGACAUUGCUCUGAAACUGGGCUGUUUGGAAAUUAGGAGGUUCUUCAGAGAGAUGCCAGGCAACGCCCUGGAUAAGAAAUCCAAUUAUGAACUUCUAGAGAAAGAUGUUGGUUUGAGAAGGUUCUUCCCCAAAAGCCUGCUGGACUCCCUCAAGGCGAAGACUCUUCGUAAGCAGAUCCAGCAGACCUUUAAGCAGUUUGCUAACCUCAACGAUGAGCAGAGCAUCCACAAGUUCUUUGAGAUACUCUCUCCCAUCUACCGCUUCGACAAAGAGUGCUUCAAAUGUGCUCUGGGGUCUAGUUGGGUAAUAUCAGUAGAGUUAGCUAUCGGACCAGAAGAAGGAAUCAGCUACCUCACAGAUAAAGGAUCAAUGCCUACACACUUAGCUAACUUUAACCAGGUACAGUCCAUCCAAUACUCCGCUUUGGAAGAGAAGGACCGGAAAGGCAUGUUGCAGCUCAACGUAGCGGGAGCUCCAGAGCCCCUCACAGUCACCACGGCAUCGCUGACUACGGCAGAAAACAUGGCUGACUUGAUUGACGGCUACUGUCGGCUCGUCUCCUUAGCCAGUCACUCCUUCAUUGUCAGAGUCCACAAAGAGGGGGACAGAGCUCUGCCGUCCAUCCCCAAAGUUUCAAAUCAUGAGCGGCGGAUGGAAAAACGGAUGGACGGAGUACGGACCCGAGCUGUUUGUGUCUCAGGUCAAACUAGUGGCGAUGAAACGGACGACUACGCUGAGAUCAUAGAUGAGGAGGACACCUAUACCAUGCCUUCAAAAUACUAUGGACUAGAUCAAGCACGAGACUAUGAGAUUCAGCGAGAUCGUAUUGAGUUGGGACGCUGCAUAGGUGAGGGUCAGUUUGGAGACGUCCACCAAGGAGUCUACAUCAGCCCGGAGAACCCGGCCCUGUCUGUGGCGGUGAAGACGUGUAAGAACUCAACGUCGGACAGCGUCAGGGAAAAGUUUCUCCAAGAAGCAUUGACCAUGCGUCAGUUUGACCACCCCCACAUUGUGAAGCUGAUGGGAGUCAUCACAGAUAAUCCAGUCUGGAUCAUCAUGGAGCUCUGCACACUCGGAGAGUUACGGUCAUUUCUCCAGGUGAGGAAGUACAGUCUAGACUUGGCCACUCUCAUCUUGUACUCGUACCAGCUCAGCACGGCGCUGGCAUAUCUGGAGAGCAAACGCUUUGUACACAGGGACAUCGCAGCGCGAAACGUGUUGGUAUCGACAGUCGACUGUGUAAAACUUGGGGACUUUGGUUUGUCUCGAUACAUGGAAGAUAGCUCUUAUUAUAAAGCAUCUAAAGGUAAACUGCCUAUUAAAUGGAUGGCUCCAGAAUCCAUCAACUUCAGACGAUUUACCACGGCCAGUGACGUCUGGAUGUUUGGCGUCUGUAUGUGGGAGAUCCUAAUGUUCGGCAUCAAGCCUUUCCAGGGUGUGAAGAACAAUGACGUCAUCGGCAGGAUAGAGAACGGCGAGCGACUGGCGAUGCCCCCUCAGUGCCCUCCUACCCUCUACAGCUUGAUGACAAAGUGUUGGUCGUACGAUCCCAGCAAGAGGCCACGCUUCACCGAACUAAAAACACAACUCAACACUAUAUUAGACGAGGAGAAGCUCCAGCAGAAGGAGAGGAGCAGGAUGGAGAUGAGAAGACAGGUCACUGUUUCUUGGGACUCUGGAGGGUCUGAUGAAGCACCACCAAAACCCAGCCGUCGUCCCUCCCUGCAGCCCACCUUCAGUCUGGAUUGUCUGUCUCCUCCUUCGCCUCACCACCAUUGCCAUCAAAACCAGCGCUUUGCCUCACAGCUUUCCCUCUGCCUUGGAAACCCUCCUCCUUCGUCUCCCUUCACCUCCUCUCACCUACCCACUCCUCCACUCUACUCAUCAACGCUGCAAUUUCCCCAUCACUUUUCCUCCUCUCCCAAUCCUCAGCCUCCUCUUCCAAACCCCGCUUUCUACAAUCACUCUUUCUCUCAGCACAACACUAAGUUCAAAUCUGAAUUGUCUCUACAGUCUCACUUCUACUCUCCACCUCACACCAGCUCAGAGAGCCUGUCCAAUGGCAGUUGCCCCCACAAGACAAAUCCCCCUACUAACGGCCACCUGCUCUGUUCAUCCCUGCCAAAGUCAAACAACUCACACUCCCAUCCCUGCCACUUCUCCCCGUUCCUGUCCCAGUCCAGUCCAUACUUUAACUCUCUGCCCCGCAGCUUGUCAAAUAUUUGUCCCCACACCCUCCAAAACAUCCAGCCCCAGUCAAAUUCUAAUCUUAAGACCCUGCUGUUGCGUAGUUUUCACCCUGGCUGGCAAACUAAUCCCAGUACCCCACUACAACCUGACUCUGACCCCCAACACCAACAACACCCUGCUGGAAAGCCCCCACUGGUCUCUUCUACCCCCCAGACAGGGAGAGUCCUCCCAGUACCCUCUGCCUGCACUCUGUCCUCCACUCACCACCAUUCACUCAGUCGAAUGCCAAGCCUCCCUGUAACUACCAGUACAUCUUUUACCAUCCCCUGCUCUGAAAGAUACAUGUCCAUACCUUUGAAGCCUAGUAGACCAGGCUAUCCCAGUCCUCGCUCCAGUGAAGGUUUUUAUCCCAGUCCCCAACAUCCUGGACACUAUCAGAUGGCAGGGUACCCCGGCCCUCACACCCUCCCCUCGGUGCCCAGCGCCCUGUACCCCCCACCGGCUGCGAUGCUAGACACACACCAUGCGCACACACACCCCCGCCACCACGUCCACACACACGCGCAGCACCUUCCCCAUCCACAUGCGCACGACAUGGCGCUAUGGGGCUCUGCGAUGGAGGACAGGGCAGUAGACCUGCAGCAGUGUGUAGGCCAGCAGUGCCUGUUAAUGGAGGAACAGCUGAUGAUACAACAGCAGCAGAUGGAGGAGGACCAGAGGUGGCUGGAGCAGGAGGAAAGGCUGCUGAAACCAGACUCUAGAAGUUCUAGAGGGAGUCUGGACAGAGAAGACGGUGGACUUCAACCACCGACAGGAAACCAGCACAUAUACCAACCCGUUGGCAAAGCAGAGCAUGCAGCUCCCCCAAAGAAACCCCCUCGACCCGGAGCCCAGGGCCAAGUAGGCAGUCUGGCCUGUCUAAAUACUGUAGAUAGUUACAACGACGGAGUCAAGCCCUGGCGGCUGCAGCCCCAAGAGAUAAGCCCGCCCCCCACCGCCAAUCUGGACCGCUCCAACGACAAGGUGUACGAGAAUGUGACCGGACUGGUCAAAGCUGUGAUCGAGAUGUCGAGCAAGAUUCAACCAGCUCCUCCAGAGGAAUACGUUCCCAUGGUCAAGGAUGUUGGUCUGGCGUUGAGGACAUUAUUGGCCACAGUGGACGAGACUCUACCACAACUUCCAGCCAGUACACACCGAGAGAUCGAGAUGGCACAGAAGCUUCUGAACUCUGACUUGGCGGAGCUGAUUGGGAAGAUGAAGUUAGCCCAACAAUAUGUGAUGACCAGCCUCCAGCAGGACUACAAGAAGCAGAUGUUGACAGCGGCUCACGCUCUUGCGGUUGACGCCAAGAACCUGCUGGAUGUCAUCGACCAAUCACGGCUCAAGAUGAUGUCCCAGUCGCGCCCUCACUAGCCCCGCAACAGCCGAGCUGACCCAACAGGAAACUGACGUGUUUUUUGAGAGACAGCAUCAUUCUGGUUACUGUUAGCAGUGGAGAAUUAAAGUGACGUCAUCCGAGGUUGACUGCUUUACAUCAAAAAAGGAGAAAACAGCGGCUCUGAUUCUUUGACCAUGAAGAAUCAUUAGAUGUUGAAUCCCGCGUGAGCCGAGGUCGUCUCUCCACCACUGUGACUUUCGUAAUAUAACAACAGAGUAAAAACACUUCCUGAAUCAGGGACUUGGCAGCUUCUCUUCUCUUUGGACUGUAAUAUAAUGAUGAGAGGUGGAAAAGAGAAGACUAUGGGUUUGGACCUGAGAUGAGCCGGAUUCAAACGGUUUAAAACCCUCCGACAGGAACACUAUCACGGGAGCGAUUGGAUCUGGAACUGUUGAUCAGCAACACAUCUGCAUGAAACUUCACUGUGGGAAUGAACUUAGCCGUCAGCCAGCAGCCAUCAUCAGUACAUUUGUUGAUGUCAUGUGUUGUGACCCCCUGGAUGUGACCUUUACCUCCACAUCACCGUGGAUUCUGUUGAAUCAAACAACAUGUUAUAUGUUCAGCUCUGGUCAGGUGCGGUGCUUUGAUGCUCCAACAAGGACAUUCACAGUAAAGAGGUUUGGUUUGGAGAAGCAGCCUCCAUCGCUUCGCUCCUCCCGUCUCUCUCUUCCAUCCCCGUCUUCCCUCCGUCUCACCAGGUUUUAUUUAUAGACUCAGAAAUUGCAGAGGAGGAGAUGGAGGAAGAGACGGGUAUUAAAACUCGAGGGACAGUCUAGCGCCGGGCUGCUGCCCCGAAGAAAGAAGACACUUUUUGUUUCUCUAUUUCACUCACUUUUCCUUUUGUUCUCACUGCUCUUCUCCUUCGUGAAGUCUUCCUCAGCUCCUCUCUGAGCCGGUUUCAAAGACUCCAAAUGUGAAGAAUCCAACUCUUGUCUGGGUGAACGCCGCAGACAGGAAACUCCCUACUCGCACUCAAUUUAGUUUACUCUUUUUAUCGGCUGGCUCCAUGUCUUAUGUGUCGUUUCAGCAGUCACAAUCUUCUUCCUGUUACUUGGAAUACAAGCAGAUAUUCAAUCCCAGCAUUGACUCUGAUGAGCAAAAAAAAAAAAAAAAAAAGGUGGAUUUUGAGGAUUCAGUUUGAGUGACUGGAUACUUCCUAUUUGUCCCGGAGGAAGAGAAGGACAUCAUGUCUCGUACUGAACCGACAGUGUCACCUCUCCUCUUUCUCCUCACCUACAGUCCUGAUAUCGUUGUUUCUCGUACAAGACUGGUGUCACGCCUUUAACUGUCCCCUCACCCCACCGGUGUCACAAAGUGAAUUUACCGGGGACACAAACAAACCUCACAACUGGAACCUCUGUGCUUUGAGUCCCAGUUUCUGUCAGGUGCAACUCUUUAAAUAAUAUGUCCCUCCUAACAACGGUCCCCAGGGAAACAGACAAACACAAACACACACACAUGAAAUGUGGAGCCACGUGACUGGAAACUUGUCUUGCAGACACAAAACACUGAACUGAAAAUACAGCAGAUCACACGUGUCUUUGUUAAUAGUGACCCCACAUGGAGUAUGACAUACUGCUAUAUGAAAUAUACUGGUGACUGUACUGGUAUAGCAUGAUAUACUGGUAUGGAGAAGAGCAUAUUUGCACAGCACCAAAAAACAAACUUUUUUUAACCCUAUUUUACCCAGAUUGGAUUUCCAGGUUUAGCCAGCAAUGAAACUAUUAAAAAAAUAUCUGGGUUUUAUAGGGAUAAAAAAAGAAAAUAUGUAAAAAACAAUCUAUUUUAUCUUGUCGUUGCGUAAAUCUGCUCAUGUUGGUAUAUUGUAAGCUAUACUGGUGUGAAUCACUGGUGAAUUGUACAGAACUAGUACUAGUAAACACUGGUUUUUAUUUUGUCUUCUGGGCUAAAUCAGCCAUCUUGUCAAAUAGGAGGAGAAAAAAAAAACAAUGAAAUAAAAAUAAUGACGAAAUGGAAA